CCUACACAUAUAAUUCUAAUAAGUAUAGAGUAUAGAGGAGUAUAGUUUAGUAGAAUGAUAAGUAGAAGUAUUCGAGGGACAGUUUCAAGACUUAAGCCUAACCCUCGGAUCAUUCCGAAACGUCAUUAUACAGUAGAAGUACAAACUAUUGUAACUACUAUGACAGAAACAAUGCAAUCAUUACAUUCUACAACUGGGUUACCAUGGUGGAUACUUAUACCAAUAACAACAUUUACUCUUAGAAGUAUAUGGACUAUGCCAUUAGCAGUUUUACAAAGAAAACGAAUAAGGAAACAAGCGGAAUUAAGACCUAUAAUUAGUGCCAUGAAUCCCGUAUUAAGAUUAAAUUUAGCAAGAAAUACUCAAAUGGCUAAAGAUAAAGCAACUAAAAUUACUGAUGAAAGUGAAGCAUUAUUAGCAAGUCAAGCUCCUCUAGUAAAUAUGGGUUAUGAACAAAUAUUAGUUCUUGCCAGUAAAGAAACUAGAAAAAGACAAAAGAAAUUAUUUAAAGACAAUGGAGUUCAAUUAUGGAAAAAUUUCAUAUUACCAGCAUUUCAAAUGCCAUUAUGGAUAUCUAUGUCAGUUUGUAUGAGAGAUUUAAGUGGUUGGACUACUUGGAGUAGUUUAUCUAAUAAACCAUUAGAUUCUGAUUUAUAUAAUGAAGGAAUUUUAUGGUUUAGUGAUCUAACAACUUGUGAUCCAUUUCAUGCAUUUCCAUUAGCUUUAGGAAUUAUAGCACUUUGUAAUGUUGAAUGGACAUUUAAAACAUUUGAUUUAUUAAGAUCUGGUCAAAGAAAAUCUCUUAGACCAACUAUAACUGAUGCUAUUGCAAAUAUAUCUAGAAUGGCAGUUGUAUUUUUAAUGUCAAUUUCUUUACAUGCACCAACGGCUCUUACAUUAUACUGGUUUAGUUCUCAAGCAUAUUCAUUAAUUCAAAAUAUUAUAUUAGAUUUAACACUUCCAGUAAGUUUUACUCCUAAUAAAAGAUUUAAUCAUUCUAUACAAUCAAAUCCUGAAUCAAUUGGAGUAAUUAAUGAUAAGAAAUUAGGGACAGAUAAACCAUAAUUUAUAUUCUAUUAAUAUAAUGUAUAUAGAUUAAAUAGAUUAAAUCCUAUAAAUAAACAUACCAUGUAUAUAAU